AUGAGGAAAGAGGAAGGAAACAGCCGGGGGUUACGCUGCUGCGUCCCUGCCCUGAAGCAUCCCUCGAAUGCUGUUUCUAGAAACUUCAUCCCAGGCACUGGCGCGAGUGUGUCGUCGGUCCCUCGGGCCGCUCUGGGCCGGGGGCAUGCACUCCUUGUGGAUUUUUGUGACAGAAAGAAAAACGAAGCCUGGACCCCGAGGAAGGCAUGCUGCCUGUCCACCACCGCUUUUCUAACUCUUGCCUCCCCGCAGGGCGUGAAGGAGCACAAGUGUGGGAUUUGCGGGCGGGAGUUCACCCUGCUGGCCAACAUGAAGCGCCACGUGCUGAUCCACACCAACAUCCGUGCCUACCAGUGCCACCUCUGCUACAAGAGCUUCGUGCAGAAGCAGACCCUCAAGGCGCACAUGAUCGUCCACUCUGAUGUGAAGCCUUUCAAAUGCAAGCUGUGUGGGAAGGAGUUCAACCGCAUGCACAACCUGAUGGGCCACAUGCACCUGCACUCAGACAGCAAACCCUUCAAGUGCCUCUACUGCCCAAGCAAAUUCACCCUGAAGGGGAACCUGACACGUCAUAUGAAAGUCAAGCAUGGAGUCAUGGAGCGGGGCCUUCAUUCUCAAGGUUUGGGAAGAGGCAGAAUGGCUCUCACGCAGACCGGCAUCCUCAGGAGUCUGGAGCAGGAGGAACCCUUUGACCUCUCUCAGAAGCGCCGGGCCAAUGGGCCCGGGUUCCAGUCGGAUGGGGAGAGCGCCAGGGGAAGCCCCUGCCAUGAGGAGGAGGAUGAGGACAACUGCUGUGAGGUGGAGCCCUGUAGCCCCAGCCCGGCCCCCCAGAACCAGCCGCUCUGCGCACCCCAGGAUCUGUCUGCCAAGCCCGAGCAAGCUCCCGGGGUGCUGGGGGAGGCCUGCAAAGAGGAAGAGGAGGAGCACAUGUCCAAAGGCGAAUGGGCUGAGAGGCGCAAAGGCGACCUUGGGGCGGAGGGCGGCCAGGAGAGAGGUUGUGCUGGCAGAGAUGAGCGUCUCAGCCUCAGGGCUUUGCAGAGCUCCCGGCGGGGCCCCUCUUUUUCUGAUUACUUGUACUUCAAGCACAGAGAUGGGAGUUUAAAAGAAUUACUGGAGGGGAAAAUGGAAAAACAAGCAGUGCUUUUAGGUAUCUAAGUGGACAGUUUCAAAAUCACAUUUGGAAAAUGAGGACGAGGCCGUUCCAGUAUAGCUUUCUGCAUGAACUGUCAUUUGCUGAGGACUGGUGGGUGGUGCCAGUCUCCACAGAUGGCUCGGAUUAAGUGAGCAGGGACCAUCAUAGGGGAUGUAAAUGCUUCUCAGGUUAUUCACGGGGCCCUUGAUACUUUUCACACAUGUGCGGGGUCUUCUUCUGUGUUAUUUUAUGCAUUGCCAGUGUCAUAAACUGUGCAUACUCUUCUAGAUAGCUAACUGUAAGCUGGUGCUGAGGUGCUUAAAAAUUCUAUUUUCCUUGGACUAAUAGGCCAUACAUGGUAAAUUUCUACUUGCAAAAAUAU